AUGACCUUCUAUUAUGAUUUCGCACAUCGCACUUUUUGUGGUGAAAAACUGCCCUACAGCAGUACAGGCGAAUAUGGUACUGUGCUACGAGCACAAGUAAAAUAUUCAAUCGAACAAUUUGCUAUCAAACGAUUAAAGAAAAAGUACUACUCAUUAGCAGAGUGUAUAAAUUUACAAGAAGUGAAGGCUUUACAAAAAAUUCGUCAUCGAAAUGUGAUCAAAUUAAAAGAAGUUAUAUAUGAAAAUAAUCAUGAUCAAUUAUUUAGUAUAGGCUUUUUUCAUCGUGAUCUAAAGCCAGAAAACAUAUUAUGUAAUAAUGUUGGCUCAGUUAAGAUCGCUGACUUCGGCAUGGUUCGUGAAAUACAUUCUUAUCCACCGUAUACGAAUUACAUUUCAACUAGAUGGUAUCGUGCUCCUGAGUUGCUAUUAUGUUCUACGUCUUAUAAAUCCGACAUAGACAUAUGGGCUGUUGGAUGUAUUACUGCUGAACUCUAUACAUUAAAGCCGUUAUUUCCUGGUAUUAAUGAGAUUAAUCAAAUGUUCAAAAUCUGUUCUGUUUUAGGCACACCGACAAAUGAGGAAUGGUCUGAAGGCUAUAUGUUAGCAGAUAAAUUAAGCUUUUGCUGGCCACAAUGUACACAAACAAAUUUAAAAGAAAUUAUUUAUUCAUCAGACGAUGAUGGAAUUGAUCUAAUUACUUCGAUGUUACAAUGGAACCCGGACAACAGGCUGAAUCCUGCACAGGGCAAAAAUCCUGCUAGUAGUCAGUCGAACGAUAUGGCUGAUUCGAAUGCUAGAAUUGAUCCAAUAAUGAAAUCAUUAUCUCGUCACGCAUUAUGCUCACCACCUCAACGCCAACAACAACAUCUGUUAAAACCUGGUUUAUCAGGGUUUCUAUUUGACAUAAUGCAAAAAACAAAAGUUUCUUCUAUACUACUAAGUUCUAGCCGGUGUACAUCGGCACCGAAAACUUUUGGAUAUCAAUGUUUGGGAGUGAAACAAAGAAAUUGGUCGCCAGCUGCAUGA